AUGCAUGCACUCACCAAUGCCGCCCACAGCCAAGCAUUUUGGUCAUGGCACUCCUCCGCACUGGAAGAUAGUAAGAAGGUGGAACCUACCAACAAGCGACGUGGUGCAGACGCAGGAGAGCUUUCAAUAACUACUCCGUACUCCAUAGCUGAGAGAUCGAUCGUCACCUAUCGAGGAAGAAGGCUCUCCCGUUUCACCAACCCUCCACCCAAACCCAAUCAGCGGUCCAGGCUGUUCCCCGAUUGCAGGGAAGGCUCCCAAGUCCGUGCCCCCAAGGGUCCCAAAAAUAAAUUUGACACGGCGGGGGCCGAGCAUGGAAAUGUUUUGGCGCGGCACGAUCAUCCACACCUUGGACGUCCCUGGAUCAAAGUAGUAAAAGGGGGGACCGACGAUCGGCCACGCGGCUGGGAUUGGAGGAAAAAGCAAAGAGAACGCAGAAACAAGACCGCGGGCCCCAGCACUAUGAAGAUGACAGCUCAUUUUACCCGAUUGGCUAUGAAUUCUCUGGUAAUUUAUCUGGCGUCGUUCCCGACCACACUUGAGUCUUUGGACGGCCUGUGCGGCCGUGCGUAG